GCUCAAUUGACAACACUGAUACCAACACAGUUAAUCAUUGUGGACAUUUGGACCUUUGUUGUGGACCUGCCGUGGCUUGCAUCUUAUCAUCGCCCGGUUACGCCAGUUACGUAGCAACCUCCACCUCGAGCACCAUGUCGUUCCGCCCGCUGGUCGAGGGCGACUGUGGCGGCGUCAAUCCGCUGAUGCAGCUGGGUGGCCAGUUCACCCGCGAUGUGGCCCACAAGGAUGAGGGCUAUGUGCAGCGCCAGUUCGAGCGGGGAGCGCGUCCCGAGGACCAGUUGAUCAACGAGUUUCUGGGCCAGGUGGCAGCCCCGCCGCAGUCUUUCCAGAUGGACACGCUGCUCCAGGAGAUGCGGGACAUCAACAUCCAGAGUAAUCCCCAACAGCAGCAGCACAUGCACAUGCACAUGCAGCAGCAGGCGGAGCAGUGGGGCCAGGACUUUGCCCGCGGCCUGGCGCCCGCCCUGCCCAACAAGAUGGUCCACAUGCAGCCGCAGCAGCAGGACCUGCAACAUGUCCAGGAGUUCUUCGACGAGCCGCUGAUUAGCAGUCAGAACUUCCGGAGGCAGCUCCCCCUGAUGGGGGCCAUUACGGCCGGACAGCAGCAGCAGGACCCCUUUUUCGACUCCGCCAUGGAGACAAUCGUCACGGACAACCUGCCACAGGCGCCGCAGGGCGAGUCGCUAGCGGAUUGGAUCAGCGACUACCAGCGCAGCGCGGAGCAGAAGGAGCAGACCGCCUCCAACUUCAACGAGAAGUUCUGGCAGCGCCUGCAGGACGAGUGGCAGAAGCUGGCCGACGAAAACGAGCACCCGUGGCUGUCGGAGUACAACGACAACAUGGACGCCUACAAGGAGUACGAGUUCGCCGAGGAGAACCCCAUGUCGGAGCUGGAGAACGCGUUCGAGAAGGGCAAGAAGUAUUUGGCCAAGGGCGACAUACCCAGCGCCGUCCUCUGUUUUGAGGUGGCGGCCAAGAAGCAGCCGGAGCGCCCAGAAGUCUGGCAGCUGCUGGGCACCUCGCAGGCGGAGAACGAAAUGGAUCCACAGGGCAUUGCGGCGCUGAAGCGGGCCUACGACCUGCAGCCGGACAACCAACAGGUCCUAAUGGCCCUGGCCGUCUGCUACACCAACGAGGGCCUCCAGAACAACGCCGUGCGCAUGCUGUGCAGCUGGCUGGCGGUGCAUCCCAAGUAUCAGCAUUUGGUGGCCGCCCAUCCGGAGUUGCAGAUCGAGGGCACUUCGCUGGCCUCGUCGCUGAUUGGCCCCAGUAAGCUGCGCGAUCUGCAGCAGAUAUACUUGGAGGCGGUGCGGCUGCAUCCGGCGGAGGUGGAUGCCGAUGUCCAGGAGGCCCUCGGCGUGCUCUACAAUCUCUCGGGAGAGUUUGACAAGGCUGUGGACUGCUACCAGUCCGCCUUGCAGGUGGACCCGCAGAAUGCCAAGACCUGGAAUCGCUUGGGCGCCAGCCUGGCCAACGGAUCGCGCUCCGUGGAGGCGGUGGAGGCCUAUCAGCAGGCGCUGCAGCUGCAGCCGGGCUUUAUCCGGGUGCGCUACAACGUGGGCGUCUGCUGCAUGAACCUCAAGGCCUACAAGGAGGCGGUGGAACACCUGUUGACGGCGCUCACCAUGCAGGCGCACACGAACGCUGCCCGGGAGCUGCCCAAUGCGGCGAUGGCGACCACCAGCAGUGGGCAGAAUCAGAUGUCCGAGUCCAUUUGGAGCACCGUCAAGAUGGUAAUCUCGCUAAUGGGUCGCAGCGAUCUCCAGGGCCACGUCAGCGAUCGCAAUCUGGCGGCCCUCAACGAGGCCUUCAAGGACUAACUUUUUUGUUUUUGGAAAUCCACUUGUCAUGUAUAUUUUUCUAUGGUUUAUUUUGUAAGCAAUUAAAUACUUGUGGUAUCUAAGGAUAUUGUAACCAUUCCUCCUCGA